AUGGCGGAGCUGGAGACGGUCCUGCCGUGAAAACACCGUGAAAAACACGAGUUUGAGACGGCUGGUCGGCGGCAGCAGCGGCGGGAAGACGGAGCGCAGCGCACCGACAGCGAGCCGCAGCAGGAGCCCGGGAAAGUUAGUUUAUAAUGUGUUUCAACUACUUUCUACUGUGAGUGUGACAGAGAGAGGACAGACAGACAGAGACGGACGAACAUCACAGAGAGGAAGACAUGUCCGACGGUUACAGUUUGAAAACAAGUAACGCGGUGUAGUGGCGGUUUAAAUGAGCUGUUAAACGUCAAUAAAUGUCGUAAAACAGCAUCAGAUCCAGACUGCUGUGGAGACAAAGAAAACCGGCGUGUGUGCGUGUGUGUGUAUGUGUGUGUGUGUGCGUGUGUGUGUGGAGACUGAGUGUAUAUCAGUUUAAUGGAAAUGUUUCCACCAAGAGCAGAAGAAACAGAUUAAAGCAGACCUUCCCUGCAGGUCACCCAUCAUCACACCAUGUCCCCCCCGGCCCCCGGCCCUCCGCUCGCCCGGCCCCUGGCCCUGGACGGGGGUAGGGGCUGGGCGAUAGUGGCGUCUGGCUUCCUGGCUCUGCUGCUGGGGUACGGCUCUCCUCAGUCGGUGGGCGUCCUCUACCCGGAGUGGCUGCUUGCCUUUGGGGAGGGGAAGGCUGUGACGGCCUGGUUGGGCUCGCUGGUGGGCGGAGUCGGACUUAUAGUGGGUCCUGUCUGCAGUGUGUGUGUGGUGAAUUUCGGUGCUAGGCCUGUCACUGUCUUCAGUGGUGUGAUGGUGGCAGGAGGGUUGAUGCUCAGUUCCUUUGCUCCCAACGUCCCCUUCCUCAUCUUCUCCUAUGGCGUCGUGGUCGGUGUCGGUGUCGGUCUGUUGUACGCUGCCACCCUCACCAUCACCUGUCUGUACUUUGACAAGAGGAGAGGCUUGGCUCUGGGAAUAGUGAGCUCAGGUACGAGUGUGGGCGGUUUCCUGUACGCCACACUGCAGAGCGAGCUCAUCGAGCUGCUGGGUCUGGACGGCUGCCUGCUCGUAAUCGGAGCGCUGGCGCUGAAUGUGGUGGCGUGCGCCGGCCCCAUGCGCCCUCUGACCCCACCCAGAUACUACCUCAAACAGAGAGCUGCCAUCUUAGAGCGGCAGCUUCAGGAGGAGGCGGAGCUGUCCAAUCAGAAGCAUUCAGACAAAGAUCAGGGUAUCACCACGGAAACCAAGGAGCCGCCGGUCAGGAGGAGGAGUUUGUUCAGCUGCUCAUCUUUCAUCAAGACGGUUAAGAUCAAGACGAGAGGAUAUACCCAGUGUUUGUCCUCCAUGUUGUCUCUCCUUCAGGACAAGGUUCUCAUGACGCUUUGCAUCUGUCUCUUCUUCUUCAGCCUCGGUCAGUACCACCCCCCCCAGCUCUUCCUGGAGGACCUGGCUCGGAGCUCCGGGCUGACGGAGGGCGUCGCCUCCAUCUCCCUGGUCUCCCUCUGCUCCAUCGGGGGCGGCGUGGGGAGACUGGGUCUGGGCGUCAUGGCCGACAUGCCGCGGGUCGACAGCGUCCACCUGUAUGCUCUGACGGUGGGAGUGAGCGGGCUGGCCGUGCUGCUCAUCCCCUUCACCAGUUCCUACCGGGACCUCCAGGUGCUGUCGGUGGUCUUGGGUUUUCUGAGCGGGAACUGGACUCUGACUCCGUACGUCACCAGUCAGGUGGUCGGCGUGGAGAAGCUCGCCGAGGCUCAUGGGAUCCUCAUGUUCUUCGGAGGCGUCGGGAUCACACUGGGUCCUCCUGUCGUAGGUUGUUUCUACGACGUCUCUCAGUCGUACGACGUCGCCUUCUUCAUCAGUGGCGGCGGCAUGAUGGUCAGCAGCAUCGUCCUCUUCCUCGCCACUGUCUCGCUGCGGCCGCAAACCCCUCCCCCUCUUUCAGUGGCCCCCGAGGCCGAGCUCAACAGCUGUACAGUUACCUUGGUAACAGACGCUACCUCACCCGUCACCUGACGGGCCUGACGACAAAUCUGGAUCCAAGUGAAGUUUACGUUUUUGAAAUUUGAAUGGUGGUUCUGAACGAAGUCGAUGUUUACGAGAAGGUUUGAUUUUAGUCGAAUCAAACUUUAUUUAAAACGCACAAACACAAACAAACUGUCAGACUGUUAGUCGAUCAAAGUCUGUCCUCUCUGAGCUGGUCCUAGAACCUUCUCAGAGCCCGUUUCCAUGGUUACAGUGCCACCAUCAACCCACGUCAUUAAGUCAGUGUUUAUGUCUUCUACGUAUCGGCUUUCCCAGCAACACUAGCACCAAACACGACAACAGCGACGGCUGACUCUCCUGGCUCCUGGCUUUGUGAGUCCACGUCAGCUUCCAGACGUUUGAUGUUGAUUGUGGCGUUCACAAACGAUAACCCCGCCCCCAGACGAAGGCGGGUCUUGGUUCUAGACCGGUUUCAAACCAGUUCUCCAGUUCUGUGGCUGCAGACACAUGAACAACUGGUUCGGGAUUAGACACCAGCUCAGAACCCGCCCUCCAAGGCUCUCAGAGGAUUCUGGGAGAUUUGGUCCUUGUUGCCUGGAAGACAAAACCCAGGACUCAGAAGCUCUGAGUCCAGGUAACUUCCUUUAAACCAUUCAACUCUUCUCAGAUCAGUCUGUGUGGAUGGUUCUCAGGUUUUACAGUCUCACUGUGAGUGACUGACAAUCAGGACUGAGAUCAGUCUCAGAUGCACAAAUAUUAAAAUCUUCAGACGUUAUCAGCUGAUUCCAGUAUUUUGAAACUGGACUACAUUUAGGAAAAAGAAAAGGUAAAAUAACAAUUAAACUUUCAUGUUGGGAAAUAAAACAGGUAUUUAACAGGUUCAUAAUAGUGUUCAUGAUAGUGAAGAUAUUCUUUAAUAAAAACCUGCAGAUUAUUAAUCUCCAUGAACACAGGUGAUGAUGUUUCCGUUGUUUUCAGAUUAUUUCCUGUUGAAGUUUUUACUGACAUGAAGCUUGAGUUUAGACCCGAACACAGCAGACGUCUGUGAUGUCAUCGUUGUUGUUUUUUAUAUUUCUUCUCUUUUCAUUUCAUUUUACCAAAGACAUUUUUUUUUAUCUGACAUGUUUUUAGGAUUUCUGUGUUUGUUCUCAUGGUUCCUGUUGUUGUUAUUGUUCUCAUGCUUCUGCUUUGUAUUUGUUAAUGCUGAUGCUUUUUGAAGACAAUGUCACAUCAAUGUUCAUAUCAAAGAAAAAAUGUGUGUGCACAACAGCAGGUUGUUUACAGGGUAAAAAAACAUGGAGGUUUUGUUUUAGCGAGACAGAAAUGGAAAAAAAUCAUAAAGAAAAUAAACUGGAGAAAAAUAUUUUUUGGUUCCUAAUAUAAAAGUAAUGAAACAACAGAGGAGAAGUGACGGGACGUGAAAAGACUCUGGUCCCGUGUCAAACUCAAGAUUUUCAGACUGUAAAAACUUUAUUUGAUCAUUUCACAGAACUCAUUUAAUAUUUGAUUUGAUAAAGUUGAUCAGUUCUGAUCAACAGGAAACACGACAGGAAAGGUUUAGUGUCAACACAGAGAAGUGAAGUCAUCCAUGAGU